GCCGGCUGUAAUGCCCACGCGGGCUACCACGGGGCCGACUGGCAGAACAUGAACCUGGCCGAGGGGUGCUGGCACGUCGGCACGGCGCUGCACGAGCUGGGGCACGUGCUCGGCCUGCACCACGAGCACGAGCGCUUCGACCGGGACGAGUACGUGGAGGCGCACCUCGAGAACGUCCCGGCCAAUCCGGCCGCGCUGUCGCGCGCAUCCGCCAGCGCGCCGUGCCGAGGCCGGGUCGAGGGGAAGCGGGCCCGGGCUCGGGACAAGUCGCUGGAGAGCGUCUCGGAACGAUCUCUCGGAGCGCUCCUGGAGCGGCCGCGGCGCCCGCUGCGUCCCGGAGCAGCCGCCAGACGUGCCCGGUGCUGCUUCCGCUUCAGGGGGGGCGGGCCGCGGUGGGCUCGCGUCGUGUCGGCGCGGCGGCCUGCCGCGGCGCGGGCGCGCGGG